AUGGUUGGUUGGCCCAGUAGAAGAAUUAUUGGCCGGGUGGUAGCACUAGGUGUAAUAUUAGCGUUAUUGGUAUCCGGCUACCAAUUGGCAUCAGGGUAUGGUUAUACCGAUGGCCUUGGUGAAAUGGCUUCAAAACCAUACAAAUGGUAUACGACUGGUCUUAGUGCACCAUUACUGAGUGAUGUCGCUAACGGUACUCAACCUCAUACUUAUAAGGAAUUAUUAAAUAAGUUACAGAGUCCACUGGUGGACAAAGAAUCAUUGGAUAGGAAAGUUGUUGAUGAUUUACUGAAGGAAAGGAAACAAAUAUAUUGGAAUACGUUACAUACACCAAUUAAAGAGCCUAAAGUAGAUGGUCUUGUUAGACCUGGUGAUAAAUUGGCUGGAUCUUCCAAAGCAUGCUUUUUAUGUCUUGUAAGAAAUGAAGAUUUAGACGGAAUCAUUGGAUCAAUUCAAGAACUAGAGGAACAAUUUAAUGAGGAUUUCAAUUAUCCAUAUGUUUUCCUCAAUGAUGGUAAAUUUACAAAGGAUUUCAAGGAUGCAAUUCGAAAAGCACUGCCCAGGGGCAGGAAGAUUGAAUUUGGAAGUAUUGAACCAUCCCUUUGGGACAUGCCAUCAAAUAUUGAUGAGAAUGAAUUUAAAGAACAUAUGGAAAAAUUAAGUGGAAUACAACAUGCAGAUCAGUUGUCAUACCACAACAUGUGUCGCUUCUAUUCUAAGUCUUUUUAUCACCAUCCACUGUUAAAGAAAUACAAAUACGCCUGGAGAGUUGAGCCUGGCGUUCAUUUCUACUGUAAAGUUGAAUAUGACGUUUUUCAAUUCAUGCAAAUGAAUGACAAAAUCUAUGGAUAUGUGUUAAAUCUCUACGAUAGUCCAGAGUCCAUUGAAACUCUGUGGACCAAGACUUUUGACUUCCUACAGGAGAAUCCUCACUAUUUAAAUGAAAACUGUGCACACGAAUGGGUUAGAGAUAAUGUGCAAAAGCCAGAUAAUUACGAUGUCACACAAGGUUACUCUACAUGUCAUUUCUGGACAAACUUUGAAAUUACGGAUAUGGAUUGGUUAAGGGGACCUAUUUACGAAGCGUACAUGGAGUUCCUGGAUUCUCAAAAAGGAUUUUACUACGAACGUUGGGGUGAUGCACCUGUAAGAAGUUUAGCGCUAGCACUUUUUGCAGAUAAAGGUAGAAUUCAUUGGUUUAGAGAUAUUGCGUAUUCACAUUUUCCCUAUACAAAUUGCCCGUCAUGCCCAGAAGGUUCUGAAAGGUGCAAUGGCGAUUGUAGACCUGGAUUCUUUGUUCCUUGGGAAAAUCUCGAAAUUGAAAAUUGUCAAGCAACUUGGAUCAAAUAUAGCAUGGACCAAAAGGAUCUAGAUAUGUAUUAG